GAGGCCUCACGUGACCGGCGCCGCCGACUCGCGCGCCCCGCUCCCGCGUCGAGCCCGGCGUCGCUCGCCCCCUUCUCGGUCCCUGCUGCCGGGGGCGGCCACGAAGAGUAGGAGGCGGAGGGGGAGCAGGUCUGCAGCUCUGAGGGUCGCGGCGGCGCACUCGCGGCGAGAAUCGGACAGAGGAGGAGACGACGGCAAGGAUAGGCCCAGGAGCAAUGGCGUCCAAAGAGGAGCAAGCAGUAAAAAACCUCAACAUGGAAAAUGCCAACCAGGAAAAUGAAAAAAAGGAUGAAAAGGAACACGAUGCUAGUAAAGGAGAGCCCUUGGCCCUCCCUUUGGAAGCUGGUGAAUGCUGUGUGCCUAGAGGAAAUCGUAGACGGUUCCGUGUUAGGCAGCCCAUCCUGCAAUAUAGAUGGGACAUGACCCAGAGGCUUGGAGAGCCACAGGCAAGGAUGAGAGAAGAGAAUAUGGAAAGGAUUGGGGAGGAGGUGAGACAGCUGAGGGAAAAGCUGAGGGAAAAGCAGUUGAGUCAUAGUUUGCGGGCAGUUAGCACUGACCCCCCUCACCAUGACCAUCAUGAUGAGUUUUGCCUUAUGCCUUGAAUCCUGAUGUUUUCCCUGACGUUAAUAGGGAGACACCUGCUUCCUAAACUUACAUGUUCGUGAUGUACCUUUGUUGUAAACCUUUUGGUGUCAUUCAUUUCUGGUGGGUCUCCUAUUACCAGCUUCUAACUGAAUGUUGUGUUUUUGACCCAGUCUGUAAGUUUCUGUCAGCAGGGAAGUUUUACCUAUUGCAUGGAAAGAUGCUCAUUAUAUAUUGUGAAGUUAAUAAAGCAGUUUAAAAAAACA